AUGUCAUUUUGACGUUUUUGGAAUUCAUGGAAGAGACCACAGCCAGCAUUCGCAUCAGUUCCCGAUAUAUCUGGGUCAGUAAGUGCUGACACAUUCAUACUAUUGGCGCGUUCACUCGUCCCCGUCCGAACACUACUACUCUCGGGUAUGGACCGAAGCAUAGCAUCCACACCACCGGGAGUAGGCAGUAUUGUAACAGAGGAGCUCGGAGCCACAGAACCUCGAGCAGCAAACAGGCGAUCAAUAGACUGCUGCAUAACCCCUGUAGCAGUUCGAGGUCGCGUUAAUCCGCCAUCCGCACCGAACAGAUGAUAACUGCUUCCUCCCAUUCCAACGCUGCCUAUUGACUGACUCAUCAUGUGGCUCCCAUUUCUCGAAACAAGAGAGCUAGCAGCCAUUCCAAGGAAGGUCUUCGAUCUUCCCGGACCUUGCAGCAGACUCUGCGCCAGAUUCGGUCGAAUAUUAGACCUCAUCAAGCUCUGUGACAAGAUCUGA